UCGUCGUCACCAUCACAGACAGGUGUCGCAAGCAUGAUGUCUAUAGAAACACUACUACUAAUUUCUUAUUGUAAACAAAUGCUGGAGCGACAUUGCACAAUAAAAUUUUCAUAGUUUUUCUUAACAACUGUGGCAGUUAUUUGCCCUAUACUAGAGGAAGAAGACUUGCCAACUCACACAAAUGUAAUCAGAUUUGCAAAUUUAAAUAUUAAUCUUUCUUGAGCGUAAACUUGGGGCAGUAAGGUAACAUUCAGGUGCAUGAAGUGCAGUGUUUCAAUAUUUACAAAUUAAAUUUCCAUGCCAAUGGCUACGAGCUCAUCUGCGGCAGCUGCAACGGCAACUGCUGCCGCAGCUCCAUCCUCGUCAAUCAGCACGUUGAGCGGUGGUAGCAGCAGUGGAGGUGGGAGUGCACCUUUGAUUAGUGCAAACGCUGCUCAAUUUCGAGAAAUACACAAGAACACUUGGCUUAAAAGACUAACUGCCGAAGGCAAAAAAAUAACAGUGGGACCAAAAAAAUCUGAUCGCAGUUGGGUUGUUUUCUGUGUGCACGAUGAUACCGAUGCACUUUUGGAAGGAUACGCGGAACCUCGCCAGGCUGCCUCUCACAAUCCCGAGUGGACCGUUUCAAUGCAGGAUACAUUACACAUUUCGCACGCCCUCAUUCCUAAUUCGCACGAAUUCGAAUUUGUUGUCACGCUUGCUAAUGAAGUGAUACGCUUCCAUGCAAUGUCAUGGGAAAUUAUGCAAGAAUGGGUGGAGACGCUACGUUCCAAAUUACGUGAAAUGAAAAUUCUAUCGCCACGGGAAAAUCUAUAUACCAAGUUACCUGAAAUACGUGCACCACUCCUACCCACUCGUGAUCCGACGUCACCGUUGCCGGCACCGCCUCCGGUUCCAGCUGCCCUGGUGCCAGGUGUGGAACGCGUGGUACCGGUUAGCUUGGCGCAAGAUAAUUCAGCAAACGAAAACCGUCCAGAGAGAGCUAAUUCUACCAGUGCAACUACAACUUCAACAAUAACUCAACCAGUGACAACUUCUGCUAUCUGCUCCGGCGGUAGUGGCGCAAACAGAACACUUGCCGCCAAUAAUUCUUCAACAACUGUAGCCAAUACCAGCAGCAGUAGCAGCAGCGCCUCUGUGUUUAAUGUGUCAGCAUCAACAACUCAAGCGACUGCAUUACCAGCGCUUACUGCCAUGUCGAAUACACUCACACAAAAUCUGCUAAAUAUGCUAUCUGAUCCUAUAAGCGCAUAUAGUGAGCAACUGAAUGAUGCGUCUCACCUGGACGACAAUAGCUCUGUUGAUGACGCGAAUGAGACGGAUUUUGAUGAUACGUUUAUGUCACCAAUCCUAAGAAAAUCAGUGCAAAGACAUGCUGCACCAACAACCUGCGCGGAUAACAGCGUACGUGUGGAUAUUGGUCAGCGUGCUUCUGCUGAUCAAAUUAAAAACUGGGAGAGUUUAAUGCAAGCUGAAAGUGUCACCACGGCAAGGCUCCAGACUUCUCGUUCGUUAUCCGCUGGCGCUGCAGAUUCGUCACGAAAACUUGUCAAUAAAUCAUCGGAACAUCACAAUGUCUCCGCUACCUCAAGUAAUGAUAAUAUAACGGCCCUGGAGAUAAGCACAGACUCUCAACCACAGCCAUGGCAGAACACUCCCAUUUCCUCAACGGAUUGUGAUUCAACAGAGCAGUUAGAUGCAGAUAAAAUGAACAUCACCAUCAUCCAAGUAUCGACCAUCGAUUCGAAUGAACUUAAACAACAGAGCGAAACGAAAACCAAUGCGAAAAUGUCCAGUAAGCGAGUGACAGGGGAAAUUUUCAAAUUUCCCGAAUCUACGCAGCUUGAGUACAAAAGCAAUGUACAAAUUAUUCCGUCCACAAAAGCAAAUAGUAGUUCAAUUCAAGUACUUGGCACUAAGACUACAACUUCCACAACAACAACUACAACAACUCAGUAUGCGACUCCAGUGAAGAAGAAUAUCCAGACUGCUGCUGCCUCAACAACAGCUGCAGCAGUGAAUUUGCCUGCGGAAGAGUUUAAAAUAACAACAGUGCAUUUGACUGGCAAUUCGCCAUCAGCAACAAUUGCUCAAGAGGCGGGCCACACUAUCGUUACCAGUGCAGUGUCUUUAUAUGGCACUUGCUACAAUACAGGGCCACCCAACACCACUUUACAGGCAACUAAUGUAGAUACCAGUGGCGGUACGCCAAAAAUGAUGAAGAAAAUCAUACUAUCAACCAAUAGCUCAGGUAUAACAAAUAUAACUGUGAAUAAUGCCAGUACGCCGAUAAGAUCGGAGGUGGGCGCCACAGCGGGGGAUGCAACAGUCAAACACAAUAUAGGUUCGGUGCAUUAUGAGAAGGUCUUCCUAUCGACCAGCGUACCACCAGUACUCGACGCAGCGCCGAAUGCUGCCGCCGUAAGCACAGUGACGAACAUAGCGCCGCUGCUGUUACCCACUUUGGCAAGUAAUGCGGUGAAUCAAACGCGCGUAGUUGAGGCAAACCCUAGUUCAGUUGGUAAGCCAUUGAGUAAUUGCAUUUCCAAACCCUCUUCGCCGAUACCGCUGACAGACACACAAAAACAAAACAAGCCCACAGCAGCAACGCGUACGGUUAGCCCUUCUGCCACUGCGAGUGUAGAAAUGCCAUCGUUGCCGCCGAAAAGUAGACACAAAUUAAUGCAGUCGCCACUGAUGACGCGUGCGCAUCCGCCUAACGCAAGUCCCGUGUCAGAGCGUCGACGCAUAGCAACACCUACAAAUAUAACGGCGCGCGCCAUCACGUCAUCACCGCCUCCGCCGCCGCAUCAAACAGUGUCUGUAACACAACAAAACGCCGGCACGAUUACGUCAACCACAACAUCUUCGGCUUUACCCUUACCAAGUCGUGGUUACCUAUUAACACGCGGUCUUACUGAAGCUGUGAUAACGACUCGACCGAGUCGCAAAGAUUUUCAUUUACUUAAAACUGCAGGCGGAAAAGCCAAAGCAGCUAGCGGUGGCAAUAAAAGUGUUUCAAUUACAUCUAACAACAAUGGUGAUAGUUUAUCGGCGGUGCAGACAACAGCAAAUGCCGGUAGCAGCUCGAAUGUGCAACAGCCCAGCCGUAAUCGUAAUUGUGAGUUGUUGGAACAACGUCGGCGCAGCUCCUCUACAUCAGAUGCGCGCAGUGGCGCCAAUACACGUGGCGCCAACAAUAAUGAGCUUCCAGGCGGGCGCAACACAGCACUGCGCUUUCAGCAGCCGCCACAGCCGUUUCGCGACGUAGAAAAUGGAGUCAUAAAUGGGGGUAGCGGUCUAGUAGGCAGCAAUGCGGGCUUAUGUUUGCCACUACCGCCACCAAGUGGUGCUACUAACUCGCCGGCGAGUAAACGUAUGACGCUGCGCGAACAUCAAGUCAUGCAGCUGCGACGGGAAAUCAUGCACCCAGGCGGAGUGCGACUGCAGCUACGACGCAAAGACUGUGUGGGUUCCAUUGCAUGGGUGGAUGCCUUUGGUGCAGUCUGGGUUGCUGGUUGGAAGCAAAAGGAACAUCCGGUGCUCUACAAUGCAUUACACAUUGGUGAUCAACUACUUUCCAUCGCUGGUACAGCGAUAACUACUGCGAAUGAAGCAAAUAAAAUUAUACGCAACACUAAUACGCUUUUUGUCGAGGUGCUGGUGCGUCGCAUACCUUUCGGUCGAGGCUAUGCCAUACGACGUGAGCGUGAAGGUCAGUGUUUGGGUCUAAUACGCGAUGGCAACACAGCGACUAUUGUAGAUGUAGUGCCAAAUAGCUUAGCUGCACGGCAUGGAUUGCCACCUAAGGCACAAUCUUGCGAUGGUACAACACUUACAUUUUGGGUACUUACGGAAAUCAACAGCCGACCUUUGAAUUUGUACUUUAAAGAAAACGAGAUACGCGAUCGUUUAAAUUCAGUGGGCCGUGAUAUUUCCAUACUGGUGCAACCCUCAGAUCUAAUAACAAAACUCAAAAAGCAAUUAAAGUCGUUACGUGGCUAUAAGGACUACCUUGUGCAAUAGGGCCAGAUGUGAUCUGGAGUAACGGCAGGAGCCUAGAAUCGCUUCACGAAGAAAAAGAUACUUAAAAUGCUUAGCAAAUUCAAGAAUAAACAAAUCAAAACGAAAUUGAAACUUUAGUUGGCUCAACCACUUUUGCCAUUCAAUAAUUAGGUUAUCAGCGUGAGCGCGUGGAAAGCUAAGUAAUCAACAUGAACUUUUCGCUGCAUGCAUACAUACAUAAGUAUUUUUACAGUUAAAAUAUUUAUUGUCAUAUUCAAAACUAUCGCUACCCUCAUUUAACUUCAAAAGUAACUAGGCUAAGAAAUAGCAUGUCGGUUUGCAGGAACAUAAUCAAGCAAUCAUAUACUGGAAUUAUAUGCCGUUCAUUAUAAUAAGCGAAAAUCGAUAACAGAAAAAAUUACAAAAAACAAAAGAAAAAAAAACAUUUAUACGAAAAUCAUUCCAUUUAUAAGGGACAUUUUACGCAAAUUAGCCGAGUCAGUUUAGCCAUUAAUUAGUAUUUAAAAAGUGAUAGAGGACAACGUUCAUAUAUCUACUAUAACUGCCCAUGUAUACAUGAGACAUAUACCUAUACAUAUGUAUUUUUGCAGCUUCGUAAUCUCUUAAUAUCCAUAUGCACUAUAAACAUAGGUUGAAAUUUAUUGUACGUAUAAGAAAAUUUUUUAAAAUCUUAUAAAAACAUAGUUUACACAUACAUACACACUAUAUAUCUAUGUAUAAAAGACAUAUUUUAGACAAGACAAGACAAAAUCACAUUCGAAAGACUACCAAGUAUUUAAUUUGUAUUGUAUAAGAAAAGGUAAUUUUUUUUUUUUCAAAUAAUUUAGAAAUUUUAAGAUACAUUGAAAAAUCUAAAAUCUAAAAUUGUCAAGCAAUAUUAUAGUGCCUGUAAUUUUAGUUAAUCGCAUAUGGACAACGUGAUAAUUCCUUUUUGUGCAUCUAAUCUCUUAUAAACAUCAUAAUCACUUAAACUUUUUAUUUACACAUUUUUUUGUAUGGUUUUUUGUUUGAAUCGUAAUAAAAAAUAUACAACCAUUUUA